AGUCGUGGUUUUAGCGGAAGUAGUAACUCGACAACGCUAAUAUUCUACAUUGCAAACUCUUAAGUGAUGUUGUUUGCAUGUCUUCCUAAAUACGGAGACGUUUCCAUCUUCGGAAUAAAAACAAAACGACUUUUGGGGUUCUUCUUCUUAUCGUGUAACCGGAAGUUGUUGUUGGCUGUCUGCUCGCUCAAACGUGACGUUCGUGCUGUAAACAGUAGCUGGAUGGACAGAGAAGAAGCUGCAGGCUUGUUUAACUACGACUAAUUACCACUACUAUGGUUAACACGACAACAGCCUAUCGUUUUAAUCUCGUUCAGGUUUAAUUUAAUAACCGUGUUGUAUAACUACACUUUCCACGAGUCAGCGUUGCUCUUUCGAGCAGCUAGCUCGUCAAGCUACCACCUUGUCUAGAAAUAGCUUUUUAUUUGUCAUCAUAAUGACUUAUCUCGCUCGUUACUGGGUUAAGGUAUAGUUUGAUAAUGGGUUGUCCGAGCCCUGGAGAUGUCAUCUAGUAGUUAGCAAACCGUCGGUCUUGUGUCCAGUAUGAGUGCAUCAGCUGGGUACAGAGAGCCAGGAGUCCCCUUGGAUAAUGCAAAGGAUGAAGUCAGUGGUCCCAGCUGCACAGGAGACAACAGCAAACAUGACUCUGCAAUAUGUUCAGGUGAAAGUGAAAUAAAGAGUUGUGCCGUGGUCAAGUACUCUGCCGCCCCACCUCCCACCAGCUAUGCCCUCCUGCAGGAGAAGACGGACCUGAAGCUGCCGCCUGCCAACUGGCUGAGAGAAAACCCUCAGCUGGGCAGCGCCGGCACCACUGUACUAGGGUCCAGCAGCAAGAGCAAACCCUUUUCAAGUUUCGGGAUGGCCUAUGACUUCAUCGACUGCAUCGGGGAUGAUGUUGACGUGGUGUCGGACUCAGAGAACAUCAAGAAGCUUUUGAAGAUUCCCUACAGCAAGUCCCACGUUAGCAUGGCCGUUCACCGCGUGGGGAGGACAUUGCUUUUGGAUGAGCUGGACAUUCAGGAGCUCUUUAUGAGAUCCUCACAGACGGGAGAUUGGACGUGGCUGAAGGAGUUUUACCAGCGGUUAAUAGACCAGAAAUGGCAGAGGAAAAAGAAGAGCAAAGAGCACUGGUAUCAGAAAGCAAUCCUGUCAAAGUUCCUCUACUACAGUAUAAACGGUGAUGGGGCAGCAGAGCCUGUAGCAGACAACCUGAACGAGAGGGAGGAGGAAAAUCAAGCCGAGGAGUUCAGCUCCUCGUGGCCGACGACCUUCACCAGCCCAUCUGAUGCAGAAGAAUCAGAUGCUCCCAAAGAGGAAAAUGUUCCUGUGGACAGCAAGUUUGCGCUGGGCCAGGUGACGUCUGUCCCUAAAGAGCAGAACCUCCCUACUCUCUUUAACGAAGGGGAGAACAGUCAGGGUUUAAGAAAUGACUUUGUGCGAAACAUCAUGUGGACGUUUGAGGACAUCCACAUGCUGGUCGGGUCCAACAUGCCUAUCUUUGGCGGUGGACGCUAUCCUGCCGUCAGUUUGAGACUCAGGGACAACAAUAAACCAAUCAACAUUUUGACAGGUAUAGAUUACUGGCUCGACAAUCUGAUGUGCAAUGUCCCAGAACUUGUCAUGUGCUUUCACGUCAACGGCAUUGUUCAGAAAUACGAGAUGAUAAAAACAGAAGACAUCCCUCAUCUCGAGAAGUCAACUUUCUCCACCAGAGUGGUGAAAGACAUCGCCCAGAACAUCCUCUCCUUCCUCAAGUCCAACUGCACCAAAGAGGGUCACACCUACUGGCUUUUCAAAGCCAGCGGGAGUGACAUCGUGAAGCUUUACGAUCUCACCACUCUGUGUGAGGAGGCAGAGGAAGACAAAUGUCAGAAUCCCUUCACUCUUCCCGUGGCUGUGUUGCUGUACAAAGUGGCCAGCAACUUGAUGCUGAAAGCGAGGCAAAACCGAAAGCACUAUGGCACAAUCAGGACCCUGCUCUUAAACUGCGUCAAGCUUCUGGAUCAGGAGAGGCAUCCUCAGAUCAUCGCCUCAGCCCACUACAUGCUGUCAGAGCUGUUCCAGCUCGACGAGCCUCCCGAAGAAGACGGAGGGGAGUCGCUGCGGGCCGGCGGCUCGGAGGACAGCUACAGCGACGAAGACAGGGAGGAAGAAGAGGAGGACCUGACGGAGGACAGCGACGAUAACGGCUCCUUCGGUAACUGCUCCAGUCCGCAGGAUGACAGUAAAGCGGUGGCUGUGAUCCGCUCCGUGGGAGAGCUGUCGGUCCCGGAGAAAUACAAAUCCACUCACCAGAUCAGAGUGAGUCAAAAGCCAAGUGGUGCGUUCCCUGUUUCUCAAGACAAAGAGGAGCGAUGCAGACACGUCCUGAGCUACGUCCUAAAGGGGUUGAAGGCAGUGGACGGCAGCAUCAAGAAGGAGAGUGACCUCCCAGCCGCGGACCCCAACACACCCAUUCCUCUUAAGUAUGAGGACAGAAGCGCUAACGGAGCGUGUGCUGCUGAGAAGGGCAUCUCUCUCCUGCUCGAAAGAGCAGCGGAGCCCUUGCAGGCGGACCAGAAGCACCAGACGCGCUCAGGGAUGAUCCCGGGCUCCUGGCAGCAUCGCAUGAAGCUGCAGCUCUUCCUGAAAGCCUCUAAGGCCUACUACGUCCUGUCUGACGCAGCCACCAACCUGCUCAAGUACGGCCGAGCUUUACGCUACAUCAAGCUUUCCCUGCAGUGUUAUGACGCCUACUGUUCGGUGAGCAGCACGCUGCACCCACAAGUGCUGCAGUUUCACAGCCAGUGCCUGUCUCUGUGUGGGGACAUCCAGUUGAUGUUGGCCCAGAAUGCCAACAACAGAGCAGCUUACCUGGAGGAGUACAGCUACCAGACCAAAGAGGACCAGGAGAUCCUGCACAGCCUGCACAGAGAGAGCAGCUGCCAAGCUUUCAACAUGGCGACCGACCUCGCCAUGGACCCCGAGUACCAGCUGUUUGUCAGCAGUAAGUGCUACGAGGCGGCGUACGAGCUGCUCGUCUCCGAACCUUUGAAAGACCACACGUCGGACCAGCUGGCUCCGGUUCUGAAGAGGCUGGGAAACAUCCGCAACGAGAUGGGAGUCUACUACAUGAACCAAGCCGCUGCCAUGCAGACGGAGAAAGAGGUGAAGAAGUCCGUGUCUGUAGCAGAGCAGGAAAUGUGGAAAAAGAGUUUCGCCUUCUUCGAGAAAGGAAUGAAAGACUUUGAAGCCAUCGGGGACAGCACCAACACGGCCUUACUGCUGUGUAAUACCGGCAGGCUGAUGAGAAUCUGUGCUCAGGCCCACUGCGCCAUCGCUGGGGACCAGAGCAGAGGGGAGUUCUCGCCCGAAGAGGCUCUUUACUACAACAAGGCAAUUGAUUACUACUUGCGGGCUAUGAAGUCACUGGCGGGCAGAGAGAGCCACCCAGCAGUGUGGGACAGUGUGAACUGGGAGUUGUCCACCACCUAUUUCACCCUGGCUACGCUCCUGCAGGACUACGCCCCACUGUCCAGGAAGGCGCAGGAGCAGAUUGAGCGGGAGGUGACCGAGGCGAUGAUGAAGUCCCUGAAGUACUGCGACUUGCAGACUGAAUCGGCUCGACAGCCGCUCUACCAGUACAGAGCAGCCACCAUCCACCACCGCCUGGCCUCUAUGUACCACAGCUGCUUUCGCAACCAGGUGGGAGAUGAACACUUGAGGAAGCAGCACCGGAGCCUGGCAGAGCUCCACUACAGCAAGGCCGUGGGCUUAUUCCUCAGCCUCAAAGAUGCACCCUGCGAGCUGCUCCGCACUCUGCUGGAGAGAGUGGCCUUCGCCGAGUUCACCAUGGCAGGUCAGAGCAGCAGCGCGGCUAAGCUGAAGAGCCUGACCGGAGCAAUAGAGAUCAUGACAGAAACUCGCUUCGCUUUCCAGAUGAUUCACAAAGAGCUGCUGCAGGAGCAGACAGAGUUGAGUGAAUCGGAUGCGGCCGAAUCGGCGGAGUCUCCUGACGUUUCCAGUGGCCCCACAUCGGGACUGAACCUCGAGGAAGUGAUGAAGUUAAUAGGCGUGUUUGAGCCGAGUUUCUCCUUCCUGCUGCUGCAGGUGAUCAAGCUGAUGACAACAAUUAAACGCAAACCAAGCAAUAAGGACGAGGAGCUGUUGAAAACCUAUAAGAAUGUAUACUCAAAGCUGCUGCGUGCGGAGAAAAACGCGCCUAUUCUCAGCCGCGUCGAGCUCUACGUGGAGCUGCUGGAGCAGCUGACGCCUCAAACGAGAAGCGACGAAGCAGGAAAACCUUAACGAGGAGGAUCCUCCAGACUCUGACUUCCUGGCUUCGUUCUGGGGAACACUUGACUUUUUCAAAACAAUGACUCAAAGCCACAGUUAUUAAGAUGCACACGCUCAGGCUACACUCUCCUGUUCUGUAUUACAGUUUCACCUAAUAAUUCACCUUCUGCGCCUUUAAAACGAGCCCAUCUUUUUCUAACAUUUGCAUUACAGGUUUUGAAAUGUACAUUUUUUGUCAAGAGUUGUAAAUUGAGAACGUUUCUUUUUCUUAUUAAGUAACCAUUGGUCAACUACAGAGCUCCUAUGUGUAGGAUUUGUUUUCAGUUCUACCAAAAACCACCCGCAAUCUUUCUAAAAACGCAAUGUCAUGGAAAAUGUUCCUGUGAAUUAUACACAUAGGAGCUUGAAAAGUGAUAAAUUAGUCAUUGAUAUUAAUUGGUGUUUUUGAUAUUCAAUAAUACCAACGAUGCUGUGAAUAAAUUAGACUGACCCUUGAUUGAAGGAUUAAAGGAGAGCAGCUGCGUUAUUUGCUUUACACAACAACGGUGUGCAAUAGUUCGACAGCAUUCAAUGCAAACUGUGGAGGCUGUACUUUGUGUGCAGCCCUUAACUGUAAUGUAUUAAUGUGAGUUUAUAUCAGCAUGGUUUGCUGUGAGACGAAAUAAAAGGUUUUUAAAUUUUA